CAGCAUUUUAUUCAUAUGCUUUUUUGUUACUCUUUUUUUUCUAUUUUCCAUUUCGUUCGCUUCGCUGUGACCAGCGAUGACAAUGCGCAUGUCAUCUUGAAGUUCUUGGAGAAUGAUCGUCGUGUACGUGAAACGGUUUAUGGCCAUGAGUAUAAAAUCCGCGCAGAAUUAACGAAGCCAAAUGGUACCUAUGGCAUAAGAGUCGCAAACUGUUUCGCUUUUGACAAGAAGAAUAUCAGUAUACCGCUAAUUGAUGACAGAGGCUGUCCCGUGGAUGAGGCUAUUAUUUCUCGUUUUUUGCCAAGCCCUGAUGGGCACAGCGCUGAAGCGACACUUAAUUCGAUGUUCAAAUUUCCAGAAGGCUCCGAAGUGCAUCUACAAUGCGAUGUGAUACAAUGUUAUGGUCGUUGUAUGGAUGAUGAGGACUGCAAACAGAUCGCUUUGGCCGGCGCGGGUGGUGUAAGCAAAGGUGGCAAUCGUAAAUUGGCUCCAAAUGAAGAGGGAUCCAGUAUUGCAGGCACCACUGUAUUUGUACUUGAUCCAGCAAAGGCGCCAUUAAUUAGCGGUGACUGUGAAGAUGGCAUUCGCCCACCAUGGCUACUCUGGUUGGCCAUCACACUCGGCGUGCUCUUCUUAAUCAUGUUGCUGAUGAAUAUUUUCCUUUGUACCGCAAUGAGCUGCAGUUGUGCGAAUACCGAGAUCAUCGAAAAAGAACCAUCCAUCAUUGAAGAAUACGAUCCGUACCGAAGUUGGCAUGGUAGUCAGUAUGGAUCGCGUUACUCACUGCAUGGGCGCGACGCGCAUAAAGGUUACACAAGCGGUGGCUCAACGAUACACUCGAAUAGGUCGAUUCCCAUUGACAAUGACAAUUAUGCGAUUGUACAUUCGCGUCCCGGCUCUAGGCAUAACGGACAAGCGCAAGGACACCGCAACCGCGGACCGCCCAGUAAUAUGUAACACACAAAUAUUCGAUUAUGUAAUGCUAACUCCUAACGUUAAGUACAAUUUUAAGAAUUAAAAUUAAAAAAUAUAAAUAUUAAUUUAAUCUUAAAAAAAAAAAGAAAUAAAUCGAACUG